GAAGGGUUCCGGGCGUCCUGCUGCAGACUGUCAAGCAUCCUCCGUCGCCCCUCAGCUGUCACUCAAGGACUGUUUAUCUUCUCUCCAAGAAGUUCUCUGGCCACUUUGAGGAUGACGAGUAAAGUUCGGUUCGUCGGCUCUGUGGUGAAGACGGCGGUUCGGGCCAACCUGCCUAAUUACAUCGACCACUUCUCCAGGUUCUCCCCCUCUCCUGUUUCCAUGAAGCAGUUUAUGGAUUUUGGUUCCACCAACGCCUGUGAGCGCACGUCGUUCGCGUUCCUGCGCCAGGAGCUCCCCGUGCGCCUGGCCAACAUCGUUAAGGAAAUCAGCGUGCUGCCGCAGCGGCUUCUGGCCACGCCCUCUGUCCAACUGCUGCACAGCUGGUACAUUCAAAGCCUGAUGGAGAUCUUGGAGUUCCUGGACAAGAGCCCCGAUGACCACAAAGUCCUUGAAAUGUUCGUGGACGUCUUGGAGUCCGUCAGAAACCGGCACAACGAUGUAGUCCCCACCAUGGCUCAGGGGAUCAUCGAGUACAAAGACGCUUUCGACCAGCAGGACGCCGUCACCGACCACAACAUCCAGUACUUCCUAGACCGUUUCUACACCAGCCGCAUCUCCAUCCGCAUGCUCAUCAACCAGCACACUCUUGUCUUCAAAGGCAACACAAACCCCGCCCACCCCAACACCAUUGGCUGUAUUGACUCCAUAUGUGACGUGACUGAAGUUGCGCAAGAUGCCUAUGCGAGUGCUAAGAUGCUGUGUGAGCAGUAUUACCUGGGAUCACCAGAGCUGGAGCUCAGGCAGAUGAAUGCCAACAACAACAAAGAGCCCAUUCAUAUCUCAUACGUCCCAUCUCACCUGUACCACAUGCUCUUUGAACUCUUCAAGAAUGCCAUGAGGGCAACCAUUGAGAACCACGAGGCAAGCAGGUCCCUCCCACCCAUCAAAGUCAUGGUCGCUCUUGGUGGAGAGGACCUGACGAUCAAGAUAAGUGACAGAGGAGGCGGUGUACCCUUCAGGAAGACGGAGCGUCUGUUCAGCUACAUGUAUUCCACGGCUCCCAGACCUUCCAUAGAAGAUAAGCACCGCGCCCCACUGGCGGGGUUUGGAUAUGGUCUGCCCAUCUCUCGCCUCUACACUCGUUACUUCCAGGGAGACUUGCAGCUUUACUCCAUGGAGGGGCACGGCACUGACGCGGUCAUCCACCUGAAGGCUUUGUCGACCGACUCGGUGGAGAGGUUGCCAGUUUUCAACAAGACUGCACUGCGUCACUACAAGUUGAGUUUGGAUGCGGAUGAUUGGUGCGUUCCCUCCAAGGAGCCACGAGACCUCGCCGUUUCCCGCGCCUCCAAGUGAUUUGGUGAUGACAGCUUUUGCCGCAGACCACAAGAAAACAUCCGUUGACAGAACGGGAUUUGUGGGACCAGAGCUGUUACCCCGGCCCGAUUAAAAAUGGCCGAGGAGAUCCAAUAGGAGGAAAGAGCAUCUGCGCCCUGAUGGUCUGGGAACCUUUUGUAUUCCAAGUCUUCUUCCUGUCCCUCCCUCCUCGUGUGUUUACGUGUGUGGUUUGGAUAGAGAAAGAGCAGAACCAUGCUGAUAUUUAAGGUAGUAGAUAGUCAAAGACGGAGUGAGGUGAAGAGGUUAAUUGCGAGCUCAUGGUAGUAUUGAAGAAUUUGAAGAAAAUAGCCCAUUGUGGACAUUACCCAACCAAUAUUGGCAUUGUACAAGCAUCUCACCCAAACACUAGUGACUUGUUUAGCUGAUUCCUCAAACUGACGUUAUUUCUAUGCUGCUUCCCAGCCAAUGAGGUCUUUAGGUUUAAAACAGUUUUGUGCCAGUGCAUAUUAACUAAGAAGCACAUCUCUGUGUUUUUGGUUCGUUCUUGUGUGCCUGAUGUUGCGAUACCUUGUCAGAUAUCUAAGCUCGGUCAGUGACGUGUGUUCAAUCAGUGAAACUGGUUUUGUUGUACCGUUGCUUGUCUUGUACGAUUGGACAAAGGAAGACUUGGGCUGAAUCCCUGCACAGUCAUUGAUUGAGGAACAUGGGGUUGGAUGCAGGUACUGCAGCAAUGUCACGGUGUAAACUGCUCUGCUGUAGACAGUGAUGGUUAUCAAUUAAUGGGCUUUGAUGAUAAUGAGUAGCUGUCUAUUGAUAAUAACUUGUAUGUUUGUGUCAAACUCACUAAGUGUAUAUAUUCUAUUGUAUAUUUGAAGUGAACAGUUCAUAAUAAAGACCUUCUAUUAUUU